AUGUUAAGGUUAACCGACCAAAGCGACAAGGCGAUGAGAGCUGUGACAACGUCCCGCAAACCCAAGACAACAAUGAGAAAGAGUCCUUAUUCUUCCUACUCUUGUGGACUCUCGACAAACUCUAAUAUUUCUAUUCUAUUGUCCGAUCAAAGCCAACAAGUAAGUAUGAAGAACCGCCGCAGUGCCAAGAAGAAGGGAGUGAAGAAGAAAGACAAGAAGCAAGCUCCUCCACCAAUGACAGACCCACCAACGGCCGCGAUCAACGCCAAGAACUCCUCGUCAGCGAAAAGUGACAAAGCAAACGAGACCAAAUCUGCCACCCAGCAACAAGAAAUCCACCCAGUGCGUCCAUGGAAAGCCAAAAGGGUACAUUCAUGA